AUGUCUGAUUCUCUGUUUGAUGUCUAUCAAAAUGUCCAAUCCGCAAAGGAGUUGUGGGAUGCGUUGGAAGCAAAGUACAUGGCAGAGGAUGCUUCUAGUAAGAAGUUCCUUGUGAGUAAUUUCAACAAUUACAAGAUGUCUGAUACAAGACCAGUGAUGGAGCAAUACAAUGAAUUGCUUCGCAUAUUGGGCCAAUUUGCUCAGUAUGAUAUGAAGAUGGAUGAGUCCAUCUCUGUGUCAAGUAUCAUUGACAAGUUGCCUCCUUCCUGGAAGGAUUUCAGGCGAACUUUAAAGCACCAGAAGGAAGAGUUGUCUUUGGUACAACUUGGCAGCCACUUGCGCAUAGAGGAUUCUCUGAGAAUGCAAGAGGGUGGAAAACCCAAAGUGGCUGAGGCUUCUUCUAUCAACAUGAUGGAGGAAGUGAUGAUUCUAAGUGGAAGAAUAAAGGGAAGAAGCGUCCCUUUAACAGCAACACUCACAAUCGAUCCAACAAGAGGUCUAAGCCUGUCUGUUGGAAUUGUAACAAGCCUGGUCACUUCAAGAGUGAUUGUAGGGCUGGAAAGGAUAAGGAUAAGCGCCUCAGAAGCGUUUUGGGCAAGGGUCUAA